AUGCUGUCACUCCGGUCCGCUCCCAGCUCGUCUUCACUCCAGCACGGCCGUGUUGCUUCUCCACCAGGCGUGAGCCCACGGGUGGUAUCCGUGCUGCGAGCUCAUUGUAGCCUGCUGUCCGUCCUCAUCGUGCUCACGUGCUCAAUCUCAGUGUCCACCCCGCCGGAGCCAGAGGCAGUGCGGGCAGCAGAGGCAGCUGAGGCACGCGCUGCAGCAGAGGAGCCUUCUCCGCACGCGCCCGCACAGCAGAGCCCCCCCCACAGCCCCACCGCCACAGUCAAGCUCGGCUUCCAGGGCCCCCAGGUGUCUGGUCCUCCUCAGGUGUCUGCUGCUCCUCAGGUGUCUGGUCCUCCUCAGGUGUCUGCUCCUCCUCAGGUGUCUCCUCAGGUGUCUGCUGCUCCUCAGGUGUCUGCUGCUCCUCAGGUGUCUGCUGCUCCUCAGGUGUCUGCUGCUGCUUGGGCAGAGUUUGAGCGAGCAGGCAGUGCAGGCGAGGUGGGGGAUGGCGGCAAGGGGGCGAGUGAGAGGGCAGAGGGGCAGGGCGGGCGAGUGGAGGGGAGCAGGGCGGUGGAAGCGGAGAGCAUGGGUGGGCUGGCGGGGCACGGUGGGGGGGAGGGGAGUGAGGCGGACGGUGAUCGCCAAGGGCAGGGGCAGGCGAGAGAGGGAGGCGCGGGUGGAGGCGCGGGUGGAGGCGCGGGUGGAGGCGCGGGUGGAGGCGCGGGUGGAGGCGCGCGGGCGGAUGAGGCGGUGACAGGCGUGCUUGCUGACAGUAGCCGUGGUAAUGCGGAGGAUGAGAAGGAGAUAGACAGGGUAGGAAACGAGGAGAGGGAUGGGGGUGUGGAAAGGGAAAGGGAGGAAAAGGAAGGGGAGGAAACGGAAGGGGAGGAGAGAGAUAGCGAGGAGAAAGCUGAGAAAGAGAAGUAUGGGGCGGAGAGGGGUGGAGAGGAGAGGGAUGUGGGGGAGAGUGAUGGGGAGAAGAGAGGAUGGGAGGAGAUUGAAGGAGAAAUGAGAGAAGAGGAGGAGAGCAGAGAAGAGAGAGAAGGGGAGGAGAGGGGAGGGGAUGGGACAGAUGGGGAAAAUAACGACAAGGAGAGAGAAGCUGAUGAGAGUGAAGGGCCAGGGAUGGAACGAAGGGAAAGAAUGAGGAGCGAAGAGAAGGCGAGAGAUGAUGACGAGAGGGGAGGAACGGAGAAUGAGGAGUUGAGGAGUGACGGGAAGGUCCCGAAGGAGAGUGUAGAGAAUAGGGAGAAAGGGAAGGUGAAUGAUGAAAAGAGGAGGGAUGGGAGCGAGAGAGAAUCGAACAGGAGGGAAGGGAAGGACAGGGAUGGAGAGGAGAGAGGUCGAGAGAGGCCAGAUGGGAAGGAGAGCGAUUGGAAGGAGAGAGAUGGCAAGAGGGAACGGAAGGGGAGAGAAAGAAGUCGAGAUUUGAAGGAGAGGGAGCGGAAGAGGAGAGAUGGGAAGCACAGAGAAGGGCGGGAGAGAGAAUGGAAGAAGAGGGAAGGUAGGGAGCGAGAAGCAAGGAAGAGGGAAGGGAAGGAGAGAUACAGAGAGAGCUACGUACAAAAGUGGAGAUACAAGGAGAGAGAUAGUAAGAGGAGAGAAGGAAAGGAUAGAGAUGGUAAGGAUAGAGAAGGAAAGCAGCGAGACUCGAAGGAACGAGGAGGGAAGGACGAAGAGGGGAAGAGAAGAGAAGGGAAUGAGAGAGAAGGGAAGGAAAGAGAUGGAAAGAGAAGAAAAGGGAAGGAGAAAGAAGGGAAGGAUGGCGGAGGUAAAGAGAAGGGAGUAGAGAAUGAAAGAAAGGGGAGAGAAGAGAUCGAAAGGAAGGAGAAGGAAAGAGGAGAAGAUAGCAAGUUUGGUGAGGCCCAAGACGAUAGCAAGUUUGGUGAGGCCCAAGACGAUAGCAAGUUUGGUGAGGCCCAAGACGAUAGCAAGUUUGGUGAGGCCCAAGACGAUAGCAAGUUUGGUGCGGCCCAAGACGAUAGCAAGUUUGGUGAGGCCCAAGACGAUAGCAAGUUUGGUGAGGCCCAAGACGAUAGCAAGUUUGGUGCGGCCCAAGACGAUAGCAAGUUUGGUGCGGCCCAAGACGAUAGCAAGUUUGGUGCGGCCCAAGACGAUAGCAAGUUUGGUGCGGCCCAAGACGAUAGCAAGUUUGGUGCGGCCCAAGACGAUAGCAAGUUUGGUGCGGCCCAAGACGAUAGCAAGUUUGGUGCGGCCCAAGACGAUAGCAAGUUUGGUGCGGCCCAAGAAGGCCACGUGGUGGUGGGCGAGGGAAGCGGGAAGUCGUGUGCGGUGGUGUGGGAGAAGGAUGAGGUGGUGCGCACUGUGCGCGUGGGGAGUGCGGGUGUGGGGUGCAGGGAGCAAGUGCGCGGUGGUGAGAGCAAGGCGGAGCAGCGCGACACAGAGGAGAGGGGGGGACGAGCUGAGUCUCCAUCGCAGAGGCAGGGGGGUUCUGUGGGGGAGGUGGGAGGGGUGGGUGAGGGCGCAAGUGGUGAGGGGGGUGGUGCUGGUGCUUGGUGUGUGAAGGAGGAGUGGGCAUGUGCACCUGACAAGAGUGACUGGGAGGGAGAGAUUGGCGGCAGGAGCAAAAAGGGCGAGGUUGAGAAGAACGGCGAGAGUGAGAAGAAGGGAGAGAGUGAGAUGAAGGGUGAGAGUGAGAAGAAGGGUAAGAGUGAGAAGGGUCAGAGUAAGAAAAAUGGUGAUUGUGAAAAAAAGGGUGAGAAUGAGAAGGGAGAGAGUGAGAAGGGAGAGAGUGAGAAGAAGGGCGAAUGUGAAAAGAAGGGAGUGAGUGAGAAGAAAGGUGAGAUUGAGCCUUGUUUGGAAGAGGGUGGGGUGAUAGUGGAGGUGGGCGAGGAGGUGGGCGAGGAGGUGGGCGAGGAGGUGGGCGAGGAGGUGGGCGAGGAGGUGGGCGAGGAGGUGGGCGAGGAGGUGGGCGUGGGUGCAGCGGAGAAGGCGUGUGAGUUGACUCGCGUGCUGCUGGGUCCCACGGUGUCGCGUCUUGCUGCUGCAUCCGGUGGUGGUGGCAUUGAAGAUUCGAAGGCGGUGGCCGAUGUGAUGCUGGCAGGUGGCGGGGCCACGGCAGCGGAGGAAGAGAGAGGGCAGGCAGUGCAUGCAGAGGAGAAGCAGGUGGAGGGCGGUGAGGAGGAGGAGGGGCAAGGGGGUAAGGGGAGGGAGCAGGUGAGCAUGCAGCAGGAGGGCAGCGGUGAGGGGAGACCAGUGCAGGAGGAGGAGGAGAGGGGAGAGCGGAGGGUAACGGCUGGGAGCUUGGUGGAGGGCGAGGUGGCGGAGGGAGAACGGGAUGAGGAAGUGGUGGAAAGUGGGAAGGUAGGAGGCGGGGGACAGGAGCAGCAGGAGGAGGGGGGGGAGGGGCGGCAGCAGCGGUCGGUGUCACCGGGCACGCGGGCGCUGAUGUGCGACGAGGAGGACGACCCCGGGGACACGCUCUUCGCCGCCACCUCCUCCCCCCUCGCCCGCUCCAGCGCCCUCGCCAGCAGCGAUGCCGAUGCUGACCUGGACGAUGACGUGGCGAGGGGUGAUGUGGCGGAUGAGGGGGACGAGCAGGGCGGAGGGGAAUGGGGUGCGUGGUGGGAUGGCAGGCGGGUGAGUCGCAAGCGCAGUGCAGAGCUGAUGGAGGGGGGAGGCGCGGGUGAGGGGCAGCGCGGCAUGGGGGCGGGCAUGGGGGCGGGCAGCAGCAGCCCCUCCGCCGCUCUGCCGCGCACCACCAGCGCUGGACUUGCCGCCCGCCUGCCGCCCUCUGGGUUCUCGCCCUCACCUGGCAAGGCCAGGAGGAGAAGCCUGGGGGGGCAUGGUGUGGGGGGUGGCGGCGGCGUGAGGGGGGGAGAGGAGCAGGUGGAUGGGAGGAGGAGCGUGAGUGCCGGCCAUGCUGCCCAUGCUGCUGCUGCCCAUGCUGCUGCUGCCGCCGCUGCUGGCAGUCAUCCCUUUGCUGCCGGAUGCGUCUCAGGAGCUGCUGCAGGCGCGGCAGCAGCAGAGGUGGGUGUGAUGGAUGAUCCAAGAGUUGCCAUCCGCCUCGCUGCCGUGCGGUCGGCACUGGCCAUGACAAGGGGUCAGGGGAGAGCGGCGUCGGCAACAGGAGGGGCAAGUGGAGGGGAGGGAGGAGAGCGGAUGCAGGCAGUGCAACAGAGGGCGGAGGUGGAGAGGGCGGUGGCGGAGAGGGGGCUACUGGAAUUGCUAGAAGACCACCUUCUGCAGAUCGCCGCCCACAUUGGCGCCCCCGCUUGCUAG